AUGUGGCUGUUUGAUCCGACCUCUCCACCCAGCGCCUGCAUGCACGGCUCCUUCGCUGCGUCUGUUUGUGGAGGGAAGCAGAAAUCAGAGCUCAGCUCUGGUCACGUUCUCCUCGACUGCAGAAUCAGCAGCAGCAGCAGCGGCGGCAGCGGCAGCAGCAGCGGCGGCGGCAGCGGCAGCAGCGCGCUGAAAUUCAUUAUGUACUCAGCUCACGACUCCACACUCAUCACCCUGCAGGCAGCGCUGGACGUCUACGACGGCCUCCUGCCUCCCUACGCUGCCUGUCAACUCUUUGAGUUCUACCAGGAGGAUGAUGGAUCCUAUUCAGUGGAGCUGCAUUACCGUAAUGAAUCCUCGUCCGAGCCCUACCCCAGCCGCGUGCCGGGCUGCGGCGGCCUGAGCCGCUGCCCUUUGACCUCCUUCACCGUGCUGGUGCGCGACGUGAUGCCGGACGACUGGGAGGCCGAAUGUGGCGCCAGGACCAGGUGGUCCAGCACAGGUAUCGUUACAGCUCUUGCAGUGGCGGUGGGCCUCCUGGGAGUGGCGCUGUUGUGCAGCAUAGCGGUGGCUGUCCACCAGCGGACAGCGUCCUACUCCAGGGAUCUGUAGAGCAGGAAACCUGCAGAUGUGCCAAAACUAAGAAAAACUACCAAGUAUUUAACCAACCUGGGUCGAGUUCAGGAGUUUGUUUUCUCAUUCUAAGAUUAUUGUGACUAAAAUAAUUCACGAUGCAUUUGAGAAAUGUAAACAGAAAUCAGAGGUGAGGGGAAAUCUGUGGAGCAGAUCAAUAAACUUUAUUUGAAUCA